AUGUCAGAGUGUUUCACAAUACUUACCAACGUCUGGGAGACUGGAAGUGUAACACGUAAUGAACCUGGUGUUAAACCAGGUCGAUAUCCUCCUGAAGCCCAAGAUCUAGUCCUCCAAGCGUUUGAAGAUGAUCCCACAACAAGUACUAAGCAAGUUGCUGCUGAUGUUAGUUUGUCGCCAUGGAAUGUUUGGAGUAACAUGAUGCACCGUGAACAAAAAUAUCUUUUUCAUGGUAUCGGCGUGCAAGGACUUGAAGAUGGUGAUCCUAUUCGCAGAAGCUAA